AGGAGUAGAAAUCCUUCAGUAUUUGAGGGGAGACCAGGAAUUUCCUGAAGCAUCUCAGGAGAGUCCUCUGACCCAGCAUCUCUCUCAGUGACCCCCAAGCCCCUCCUUACUCAGGGAUAUCAUGGGACACUUAUCCCCACUCCUCUUCCUCUCCUUCCUUUUCCUGGCCCACCCAUGCAACUCCAUCAGGCCCCAGGUUGUGGAGAGAGCAUCUGCCCCGGAGCAGCCUCAGUCCUCUGGUAAUGCUACGGGGUCAGGCAAGCGGACAUGUUCGGGCGUUGUGGUGUGUAAACCCGGUGUCCUGCUGCCGGUGUGGUUGCCACUCAACCCUCCAGUAGGGGAGCAGGCGGGGAGGGCUGUUGUCUAUUUCCUCUGUCUCAUGUACAUCUUCCUGGGUGUAUCCAUCAUCGCUGAUCGCUUCAUGGCAUCCAUAGAAGUCAUCACAUCUCAGGAGAAAGAGGUGACCAUCACCAAACCAAAUGGUGAAACAACAGUAACCACAGUAAGAAUCUGGAAUGAGACUGUGUCCAACCUCACACUCAUGGCCCUGGGCUCCUCUGCACCAGAGAUCCUGCUCUCUGUUAUUGAGGUGGUUGGGCACAACUUUGAUGCAGGGGAGCUCGGCCCAGGCACCAUAGUGGGCAGUGCUGCCUUCAAUAUGUUAGUGAUAAUUGGUCUGUGUGUGGGGGUGAUCCCUAAUGGAGAGUCUCGCAAGAUCAAACACCUGCGAGUUUUUUUUGUUACGGCUUUUUGGAGUAUUUUUGCCUACAUUUGGCUCUACCUCAUACUGGCUGUCAUCUCACCUGGAAUUGUAGAGGUGUGGGAGGCCGUAGUGACACUGCUUUAUUUUCCGGUGUGUGUGAUCUUGGCUUGGAUUGCUGACCGUCGCCUGCUCUUCUACAAAUACAUGCACAAGCGUUACCGUGCUGACAAGAGGCACGGCAUUGUGGUGCAAAUGGAAGGAGACCUUGCACCCAAAGGCAUUGACGUGAUCAUGGAUGGAAAGUUGUCAGACGGCAGUUCGUGUCCUGGAAACUCCUCCAGUGUGACAGUCUCUGUGCAGACAGGCAAUGAACUAGACCAGAACAAAGAUGAGGUGGUCCGCAUACUGAAAGACCUGAAGGAGAAACACCCAGACAAAGACCUGGACCAGCUCAUUGAGAUGGCCAACUACUCUGCCCUGGUCCACCAGAAGAAGAGCCGUGCCUUCUACCGUGUCCAGGCAACACGCAUGAUGAUUGGUGCUGGCAACAUAUUAAAGAAACAUGCUGCUGAGCACUCACGUCGCUCAGCAGGCCAGGACACUGACAAGUCCACAUGCUCGCACAUUUGUUUUGAAAAUGCCCAAUACCAGUGUACAGAGAACUGUGGCUCUCUGAGCAUUGGGGUGAUUCUUGAGGGUGGCACAGGCCAGAACACUUUUUAUGUGGACUACUGUACAGAAAAUGGCUCCGCCAAUGCUGGGGCAGACUAUGAAUUCAGUCAGGGAACCCUGGUGUUUUUACCAGGGGAGAGCCACAAAGAGAUCAAGGUGGGCAUCUUGGAUGAUGACAUCUUUGAGGAGGAUGAGCAUUUCUUUGUGCGUCUUCAGAAUAUUAGGUUAGAAGAAGGUGGAAAUGAAGGGACAGGAACUCCACCAAAGGGUAGACUAGUGGAGCCACUGGUUGCCACCAUCACUAUAUUGGACGAUGACCAUGCUGGCAUCUUCACCUUUGGCCAGCGUGUGCUGCAGGUGAGUGAGAGCACAGGUAUGCUGACAGUGACAGUGGUGAGGAACUCGGGCUCCAGGGGCACUGUUGCUGUGCCGUACCAUACAGAAGAUGGCAGUGCCAAGGCUGGGGUGGACUAUGAGGAGGCCAGAGGCGAGCUGGAAUUCACCAAUGAACAGACAAGUCAGACCUUAAAGGUGAACAUUAUAAAUGUGGAAGAGUACGAGAAGCAGGAAAACUUCUUCAUUGUGCUUGAGGACCCAAAAUGGCUGAAGCGAGGACUUUCUGGUAAUCCCACCCCUGAGGAGGAAGAGGCCCGGAGGAUCUCUGAGAUGGGCAAGCCCAUUCUAGGGGAGCACAGCAGGCUGGAGAUCAUCAUAGAGGAGUCCUGUGAGUUUAAGAACACAGUGGACAAACUCCUGAAGGACACGAAUCUGGCUGUGGUGAUUGGCACUCAUUCGUGGAGAGAGCAGUUCAUUGGAGCAGUCACAGUCAGUGCAGGUGAUGGAGAUGAGGAGGAGGGAGAGGAGCAGCGAAUGCCGAACUGCUUCGACUAUUUCAUGCAUAUAUUGUGCAUUUUCUGGAAGAUCCUGUUUGCUUGUGUACCACCCACAGAAUACUGGAAUGGCUGGGCCUGCUUCAUAGUGUCAAUCUCGGUCAUUGGUUUAUUAACUGCCGUUAUUGGAGACCUAGCUUCCCAUUUUGGCUGCACUGUCGGCUUGAGAGACUCCGUUACUGCAGUGGUCUUUGUAGCACUGGGGACUUCACUUCCUGAUACCUUUGCCAGCAAAGUGGCUGCCACUCAGGACCAGUAUGCAGAUGCAUGUGUGGGAAAUGUGACAGGAAGCAACGCGGUCAAUGUUUUUUUAGGCAUUGGGGUGGCCUGGUCUGUGGCUGCCAUAUACUGGCAAGUCAAAGGUAAGAUCUUCCGUGUUGACCCCGGCUCACUGGCCUUCUCUGUCACACUCUUCACCAUUUUUGCCUUCAUCUCUAUGGGGGUCCUGAUGCUACGCCGGAGGCCAUCCAUAGGUGGUGAACUUGGUGGCCCGCAGAUCUCCAAAGUCCUCACUUCACUGCUUUUCUUUGGACUCUGGUUCCUGUAUAUUCUCUUCUCCAGCUUGGAGGCCUAUUGCCAUAUACAGGGCUUCUGAGAGAGCACAGCUGAGGAAAGUAAUGACUGCACAAAUACACAUCACUAGGACAUUCACCUACACAGUUCUGUUUUAGUAGGCACCACUGAGAAGACCUAUCGUAACUUGACAACUGCUGCCAUGGUUCAUAAACAAAUGUAUACACACUACAGACUUUCACAGACAAAUAUGUGCAUCACAUCCACUGCAAGACAGUACAAGUCAGCAGAAUUUAUUGUGACUACACAGAUGAAUUUUCACUUAAGUGGACUAAAUAACAUGCAGUGACUGUUAGAAAGGAGAGCAAAGCAGGUCAGCAUGCACUCUGUGAAGUCACUGGCUUUUGCUUGGUACUGGCUUGAUGCCUGACGGCUCAUAACCUUGGGUCUUGUUUCUCCUGGGGGCAGGGUCACAUUAGACUCCCUGCUUUUACACAGUUGUGCAGUGUAAGGACACCUUACUGAGUGUAUCAUCAUGCUUUUAUCACAGCCACAUUGUAACAGAAGCUGUGUUCAAACUGUCUCCAAAGUUUGUUGUCAAGCAUUAACCCAUAAUUAGGUUUGUUUGACCAGGUAGAGUUAAUAGGUAAUGUUGUUUAAAGCAAAAGUACUGUUGCUAUGGUUACCUCCAGUUUUUGUACACAGAUUUAGAACAAUAGUAGUAAAACUGUUGGCCGGUAGUGUUUGAGUUGUCUUGGUGUAGGAUUUUGAAUGGGGCUGCCAGCCAUUACAAGUGCUUUCUGUGGCUGUGGUAUAAAAAACUGAGCACAGUUUGGGAGAUAAUCUGCUGUCGUGUAAUAAAUCACACUGAUAAAUCGUGUUUCUAUGUUGAGUUAUGUGACACAAGGUAUUGUUUAGUGAAAUGUAAUGCACCUACUGAUUCAAUCUCAUAUUGAUAAUAAAAAUGAAAGAAAUGCAGUAAUUUAAUAUUAUAAAUGUAUAAUUGACAAAGAAUGAAUUUCUAUAAGAAGUGGAAUGGGAAAAAUUGUACAUGGUAUCUGCCAUUGAAUGUGACUGUUUGAAAGUUAUGAUUCAUUCACCCUUGAAAUCUUAUCUGUGUAUUUAUCAAUGGUGUAAUUUAAUGUCUUCGUAAUUUAAUGUAUUUGAUCUGAU